GCUACAUAACAUCCGGUUUUUAUGUGUGUUUUAUUGUGCUCGGUUAUUUUGAAACACUAAAUCUUUACUUUUUAUCCACCUUCUGUUAAUCACCCUGUGCUUUCUUUCUUUUUUUAUGUGUACUUCCGCGUACAAUGUUUUUUCCCCACUGACACACGGCAACUUUCGAACAGGAAACCUAUUAGACGCUUCGACUGUCGCUUUCUCUGUAUUCACGGCAGGGCGUGUUUGGGGCUCAGUGCUCAAACCCAGCCAUGAGCAUCAUCGGGGCUGAGGAUGAGGAUUUCGAGAAUGAUCUCAAUGAUGUUAUGGAAGACCAGUGCGCACACUUCAACAAUAUAGACCAGUUGAAGGAACGGCCAACCCACCUGCUGGUCUUCAUGCAACAUGUCAUUCUACAGUUUGACCCUGCUCCUCUGCUGUGUUACCUCCAUGCUGAACUCUUCAAGAACCUCAGUGCCAAAGAGACCAAGAAGCAGUUUGUGGAGUUCUACAACACUUUCUUGGACAAGGGUGCAAUUCUCAGAGUGGUACUACCAGCGAAUGUAGCCUACGAAUUGGACCGAACCCGUCCAGAUCUGCUCCACGAGGACACCCAAAAGCGUUAUGUUCAGGAGGUUCAGAGCCUGCAGGCUGCUGAAGUGGCCAAACAGCUGGAAGAUUUCAGGCAGAAGAGGAUGAUGGGUAUGACACCCAACGAGGCUGAGCUCAUUGACGUGGAGAACCACUAUCCCACCGACCGCGUCCCGAUGGAGAUGAAGGAGAAGUCUGUAGCCGAGAACCUGCUGGACAAGAUGUCAGAGACACAACCUACAAUUGUCUCGGACGAGGAAAAAUGCCAAUCCAUCUUUGCAGCAGUGGCCUUCUUCAUGAAGCACCUUGGAGUUAAAACCAGGGCAGUUGACAGUAAGAAGUCCAGAGGAGGCUUCUUCAGGAGACAGCUGGUAAAGAAUAAGAAGGAUGAAUCCACAAAGGCCUUAUCUUUUCAGAUUAAGAAGGAAGAAUCGACAAAAGCCAAGCCCAGAGGGGUGUUUCCUGGCAUCCCCAGCUGGAUUGCAGGCAACACUGACGUCAAACCUAAAACGGAGGCUGAAGCGGAAAAGGAGAAAGUGACUCCGGAGCGUAAGGGUCCAGCUCCCGGCAGAGGCUCCUUGAUCGACUCUGCAGCCCCUUCCCUCCCCAGCAAGAAGUCUUAUCCCAGCGGAAGCAUCUCCUCCGUGCCUGGGUUAGAGAUCAGUGAUGGGUCAGGCAACAACAUCAGCACCGCCAACAGCCCCGAGUCUUCACACAUGGACGGCAUCUCAAGCAAUCGCUUAGAGCCUCCGACCCUGUCAGACGGGGGCGAUGUGUCCCCUGUCGUGCUGGGAGAAAGGCUUCCCGUCGGGGAGCCUCUCUUACCCAUGGACAAUCCUACAGAGGAAAACUUGGAGAAAGACAGACGGAAGACAAGUAAGAAAGUGACUCGUAGCGAGAGUGCCCGCGUGGACCGGCACUCCUCUCGGCGCCGUGGCUCUUCCCGGGCCAAACAGUCCCGCUCUCGUAGUGAUGUGGACCUCCAGCCGCCUUCUACCUCGACAACAACACCUACCCCGCUUGUCCCCCAGCACCUCCAUCCUUUCGAGGGACCAGUUUCACUUCCUGAAGGGCCCGGCCACUCCCCCACCAGCCCCUCCCCACAGCUGGAGGAGAUGGAGCCCCGCUUCCUGGAGUUCGAGCAUGACCCACCCAACUGGAGGGAGCUGGCUCCCCCUGAAGCCCUGUCCAGUCUCAGCAAGAAGGAGACCAAGAGGCAGGAGGUCAUCAAUGAGUUGUUUGCAACUGAGCAUGCCCAUGUGCGGAUGCUAAGUGUCCUUCAGAUGAUCUUCUCCAAGCCUUUGGAGAGGGAGGGGCUCCUGGCCUCCCCUGAGCUGGCCGCCAUCUUCCCCAACCUUGAUGAGAUAAUUGAAAUGCACUAUAACUUCUACGAGAACCUGAAGAAACUGCGUUUAGAUGACAACUUCAUAGUCAAAUCUAUCAGCACCACAGUGCUCAACAGAUUUGGAGGUACAGAAGGGGAGUGGUUCCAGAAAUUGACAGCCCGGUUCUGCAGUCACCAGUCAUGGGCCUUGGACCAGAUCAAAAGCAGGCAGAAGAAAGAGCCACGUUUCAACUCCUUCAUACUGGAGGCAGAGAGUAAGCCCCAGUGCCGCAGGCUGCAGCUCAAGGAUAUCAUUCCCAUAGAGAUGCAGAGACUGACCAAAUACCCGUUGCUGCUGGAGAAUAUUGCCAAGAGCACAGAGAAUUCAACAGAGAAGGACAGGAUCCAGCAGAGCGCAGAGUGCUGCAGAAAAAUCCUCAACCAUGUCAACGAGGAGGUCAAAGUGAUGGAGAACCUAUUGACUCUGAAGGACUACCAGCGAAGACUGGACACAUCAGGGCUCAAACCCAGUAAUGAGCUUUAUACUGAAUAUAAGAACAUUGACCUGACACAGAAAAAGAUGCUUUAUGAAGGCUCUGUGACCUGGAGAGUCACAAAGGAGAAGGCAAUUGAGGUGCAGUGUGUGUUGCUUGGCGACCUGCUGGUGCUCCUACAGAGGCAGGACGACAAGAUGGUCCUCAAAUGCCAGAGCAAGAGUAACAUCGCUGUGCAGGAGGGUAAGCAGAUGCUGAGCCCCAUCAUCAAGCUGGACUCCGUCUUCCUACGUGAGGUGGCCACAGAUCGGAAGGCCUUUUAUGUGAUAUUUACCUGGGACAGCGGUGCUCAGAUUUAUGAACUGGUGGCUCAGUCUAUUGGGGAGAGGAAAAUCUGGACUGAUGUCAUAAAGUCAGCAGUGGACGAUCUGAAGAAGAGUGGAGCACCCAUGAGGUUAACACUGCCUCCUGGAAGCGGAGGACCUCCUUUCAGUCCCUCCACACUGACUGCCCCUUUGAGCCCAACUGAGAAUGGGGGUUUGAAAAGCAGUGAUCGAGAUAAGGACAGCAAGUGGACGGAUGACAAGUCUUCAGACCCCAGACACAGGCUGAUUGAUUUCCUGUCAGACAAAGGCUUCGACUUGAUAGGCCACUCCAACAGCGAUCAGGAGAAGGUGGCCAACAGUGCUUUGGAUGAAGUCAUGUUGCUGAAAAGGCUGUUGGUCGGCAGCAUCAGUCUAUCAGUAGACUCGCAGCCUGAUGAAGAAAACGGAGAGGAGCAAUCAGAGAGGCCCAGUCAAGAAAUGGAUAGCUGUCAGUCAACAGAAGAAAGCCAGGCCACAGACAGGGGAGCGGAGGAGGAGAGCAAUAACGCUUGUGAAAAAGAAGGUGUGGGGACGAAGGGAGAGGAGGAGAGAAAUAUCAGUGCGCCCCUGGUGUUGUCCCAGGAGAGGAUGGAGGAAGUGUGCAGGAGGCUCCGCAGUCUGGAGGAACAACUAAAGAGACUACAGACUGUAGAAGAGGAGCACCACAAGCUGCAGCAGGCCCUUUCCAAGUUCUCACUGGAGGGGGGUAACUUCCAGUGAGACAUCAUAAUGCCACCUGCUGGCCACUAGAUGUUUACUGGUGCUGGUUUUUGGAGUGCAAGAGUGACUUUCAGAGGCUUCCCUGGAAAUUCCUAAACCCUCAUAAGUCAUGCCUGGACUCUUUGCUGCACUAGGGGGCUUUAUGCACAGUGCAGUGGUUCAGUGACAGAACAUAAGAGGGUGUGUACAUGUGUAUGUGUGUCUGUUUGCGUGCGUGCUUGGUAGAGAGGUAUACAAAGAAAAAAAAGAAAACAACAGGACAUCCUACUUUUGAGUGGGAGGUUGUUUUUUUCAGAUGUGCCAAAAAAAUGAAGCAACAAUUUGCUGUGAGAGAGAUGCUGCCUAACAAAAUGUCGUGAUUGUGAUCUGCUGUAACACACAUAUGCACACCAGAAACAUGCACGCUAGAAAAUAAUGUACAUUAUUGCCAAUAGCAGAUGUGCAGUAAAGGAGAAAUCCAAUGUUUUCCCACCAGGUUGGCUAUAAGCAUGUGGAAGCCUAAAGGGGGCAAUGUAGCGUUUGAAGAUGUAUUGAAAUACUACUGCUGAUAUAUAGUGUUAUUUCUAGUCUAUGCCAAAGUACCACAGAGAUGCACUUUUUAUCAAACAAGUUUAACCAUCAUUGUUUUUGUAAAAUGUAUUUACUCUCUAUUCAGUACAGUUUUUAAACAGUUGGGCUUCAUGUAGGUAGCCCUGAUUAUUGAAAAGAUUGAAUGCAAGGAAGUGUGUGUGUAUGUGUGUUACAAAGUUUUUAAUUAAGGAUUUGCUUGUUUGGCGGGUUUUUACUGUUAUUACGUCACAUAGAAACAUUUAUAAAUAGUGGCACUAUAGAUAAUCAUGCUGUUAAUAAUGGAGACUUGUUUGUAUUUACCGCUUUUAUUUAUUCCUCUGAGUUCUGUUUGUUGUUGGGUCAGUGAGUUGCAUCGCCUGAGUGAAACUGUUACAGCACUGGGCCAAAAAAAAAAAAGAUAGAGCAAUGUGUUUGAGAAAAGAAAAAAACA